AUGUCAAAUUUUAAAUGGGCGGCUUUGACAAUGUUUUUCGAGGUAGAAUUAGAGCAUCAGCUUAAACUUCUACCAAUAUUCCUUUCACAAGGAACAAGCCAGACAAUUGAAAAGCAGUUGAAACAUCAGAAAGAAGGCCAGUUUAUGCUUGGCAAAGGCCUUAUUUUGAAAAUUACAAAGAUUAUUGAAAUUGGAAAAGGCCGCGUUUCAUCAAGAACUGGCUGUGCCUCAUACAGCGUUAAAUUUAAAGCUCUUGUUCUCAGACCUUACGAAGAUUUAGUUAUCGACGCUAAAAUUAUGAUCCUCAAUGAAUUUGCGAUCAUGGCUAAUGCAGGACCGUUAACGGUCGCUGUUCCAAAGACCCUCCUAGAAAAGGAUUAUGAUUUUGAACCAGAAACCCUUACAUACAAACAAAAGAAUGGAGGAAAGACUCUUGGAUCCAAGACAGUCAUCCGUGUAAAAAUCAUCACAGCUGUUCCUCAUAAGGAUCAAAUCCAUAUCUCCGCUACUGGUAAUCUUAUUGACCCAAUCCUUGGUGUCAUCGGUUAA